GGAUAUCUACCCGAUAUCCACGCUGCCGGUACCGCAGUUUGAUUCGAAUGUUGUUCCCUGUCUACAGGAUUAAUUAUGUAUUUCGACACCAUAUCGCCUUUACCCAGAAUCUGGAAGAAGUCCCUGACCUGACCUGAAGACGAGUAGAUCUACUCGGAGUAGAAACUGAGACUAGGCCGAUAAAUAAAAGUUUUAGAACAAGGUCUGGGUCUGCAUGCAGAAGUGGAUUUCAAGCCAAACGAUUCCUCCUGCACUUACAGCUUAGAUCUACGGCAGCCACCGGCACUGGAGGCAACCUGGCUCGUUCGCGAGAAGCAUGCCGCGACGUCCAGCCGUUGGAUGUUUUUUUAGUUGCAGAGAGCUCUAGAGCGGAGAGGCCAAGGACGACGUGAGCGCAUGAUCAUCAUUAUAGGACAUACCUGCUUGGACUGAGUGGGAGCCACGGCACUGCGAGCACAAGCGUUACGGCCGAUUGCACGACUACCGGAUUGGUUUGUCAGGGAACUUACUUAUCGUUUAGUUCAGCCGCGCGCGCCGAGGGAAGUGCCGACUCGUCGUCGUUGCGAGUACUCAGGCGGCGCGCGCGCUGUCCCACUCAGAUUUGAGUCGCGGCUCUUGACUCGAGUCGAGAUCGUCUGCAAAGUGCAGUGUUACCGAUUGAUCGCAGCGCCAGUACAGGAUAAGUGACAAGUCACUGAGGAGAUCGCUCGCCAUCAAACCUAUAAUUAAUACUCAGCCAAUCACACUAACGGCGCGAUUUCAGGUUGAUGCGAAUUCAAGUUUUAGUGAGAAAAAAAGAAGAAUGUGCGGCUUCCCAUUUGGUGUUCUCGCGUCCCUUGUGGGAUUGGCUGUGCUGCUGGGUAAUGCGCCGGCCCAUGGAAGGCUGUUCACAACCCCAGAGAAAACGACCAUGCUGGGCCUUCACAAUAGUCUAAGCCGAGGAAAUGUCAAUCCCAAGCCAUGCGAGCGCUUGCGCCCUCUGCGGUGGGAUGAUACGUUGGCAAGAGUGGCUAAUCAGUACGCCAGAAGGUGUAUCGUUGGGCACAAUCCAAGAAGGACCACGGAAUACAACAGGCUGAGUGGAAAAACCUACCACAGCGUGGGUGAGAAUUUCUUUGUGGAUCCGAGACUGGAUGAAGCAAGUGUCGUAAUCUGGUCACACGGUUCAUGGCACAGGGAAAUCUCACAGUACGACUAUGCAACAAAUAGGUGCAAGCAGCACACUUGUGGUCAUUACACUCAGAUGGUAUGGAGUGCAACUACUUCCAUUGGAUGUGCUACUCAUAUCUGCAACAGGCGGGGCUCGACAAACUGGCCAUUGCCGAGCAGGGAUAAGCUACGGAUGACAUUCUGCAACUAUGGGCCGGGAGGUAAUUACCAAGGACAGCGGCCAUAUAUGGCAUGCCCACCGACUACGCCCACCAGGCCGCCAGCUGGACCGGCUACAGCGACUGGACCGGCUACAGCGGCUGGACCAGCUACAGGACCGGCUACAGCGGCUGGACCGGCUACAUCGGCUGGACCGGCUACAGCGACUGGACCGGCUACAGCAGAUGGACCGGCUACAGCGGCUGGACCGGCUACAGCGGAUGGACCGCCUACCACGGCUGGACCGGCUACAUCGGCUGGACCGGCUAUAGCACCCCUGGCGGCUGUCGUACGAGCGGGCAUUGCGUCAACCGUCCCCAUUUUGUUCGCGGCCGUCUUAGGACUAUUCUAGAAGAAUCAUUCUCUUCUUCUAAUGUUGAGAUUUUCUACCGCAGAACUAAACAACUCUUCAGUGAUAGCAACAUUUUGUAGCAAUUAUUAGUUUCCACUCAUAGUUGCCCUCUACUUUGCAGGCCAUCUGCCUGCAAUUUGGCAGUGUCAAAAUUUGACACUGCCAAAACUUACAAUACAUACAUUAGUAGUAUAGUACAACGUUUGCAUGCUUGCAUGUUUACGUUUAUCACAGUACGUACACUAGUACUAUAAGUACAACAUAUUGCAUGCCUACACACCAACGUGUACAUUGCAAUUCGUGCCUGGUACACGGUAGAUUCAAUAUCUACACCAUAGUAUAGGUUCCCAUUGCUCUUGGGGCCUCUGGCGUUUUGGCGGCCCACUUGUACAAUUACAGUUCGCCCGCUCUUGCAUAAAUUGUGUUACUUUGUCAUUUGUCUAUCACUCUGAUGAUUACUCUUUGAAGUAUGAAACCGGUCAGUAAAACACACUGCAAA